UCCUUUUUCUCCCUCUCCCUAUAUUUCUCUCUAGAACAUGCCAGGCCUUACUGAUGAGAGUGCGGCGAAUUUUCUCUCCUAAAGAAUUGUUAACAACUAAAUGGACACACUGACGGGAAAAAGCCAGCCGCCAGAUUGCAGGUUGCAUUAACAGCCACUUGCUGGACCUUUUCUAAUCCUCCAGAAUCAAUAGGAAUCAGGUAGAAGACACAGCUGAGACAUGGACAACUUCACUGCCACCGCUGGGAAUGCCAGCCUAUGUGCUCGAGAUUAUAAUAUUACGCAGGUCCUCUUCCCUCUGCUCUAUACAGUCCUGUUUCUUGUCGGCCUCGUCACCAACAGCCUGGCAAUGAGGAUUUUCUUUCAGAUUCGCAGCAAAUCCAACUUCAUCAUUUUUCUGAAGAACACAGUCAUCUCUGAUCUUCUCAUGAUCCUGACUUUCCCUUUCAAAAUCCUCAGUGAUGCCAAACUGGGCACUGGGCCUCUGAGGACCUUUGUUUGCCAGGUGACCUCAGUUAUAUUCUACUUCACCAUGUACAUCAGUAUCUCAUUCCUAGGCCUCAUCACCAUUGAUCGCUACCAGAAGACUACCAGGCCCUUCAAAACCGCCAAUCCCAAAAACCUGCUGGGCGCCAAGAUUCUCUCUGUGAUCAUCUGGGCCUUCAUGUUCUUACUCUCCUUACCCAACAUGAUCCUCACCAACAAGAGACCCCGGGACAAGAACAUAAAGAAGUGUUCUUUCCUCAAAUCUGAGUUUGGGCUGGUCUGGCAUGAAAUUGUCAAUUAUAUCUGUCAAGUCAUUUUCUGGAUCAACUUUUUAAUCAUCAUUGUCUGCUAUACCCUCAUCACGAAGGAACUAUACAGGUCAUAUGUAAGGACUAGGGGUGUGGGCAAACCCCCCAGGAAAAAGGUGAAUAUCAGAGUCUUCAUCAUCAUUGCUGUGUUUUUCAUUUGUUUUGUUCCCUUUCACUUUGCCCGGAUCCCCUACACCCUGAGCCAGACCCGGGAUGUCUUUGACUGCUCAGCUGAGAACAUGCUCUUCUAUGUGAAGGAGAGCACCCUCUGGCUGACGUCCCUCAAUGCCUGCCUUGACCCCUUCAUCUACUUUUUCCUCUGCAAGUCCUUCAAAAAUUCCUUGGUGAGCAUGCUUAAAGGCUCCAAUGGUGCCACAUGUCCAAACCCAGGAAAUAGAAAAAAGGGACAGAGCCAGGGUGACCCAAAUGAAGAGACAACAAUAUAGGCUGGCGGAGAACAUAUCAUGUUUCUACUGAUAACCUCUGUUAUACCCAAACUCUCAAAGGAGCAAACUUGACAAUGUCAACAUGGGGAAUGUCAAAGAAAUAGCUAAGAAUCAUGACCCUCGAAACAAAUACUGAGAGAUGACAGGUGUGAACCCCACUUUUUCAGUAU